AUGGCUCAGACAACAGUCACAGCAUCCUCGUCCAAAGAUGAAUGUGACCAGGACCAUGAUUUUAAAACUCAACUGUUGAUUAUGGCCGGAGUAUCAGUUGUCAUUGGACUGGCAAUGUGCUUAGCAGGCAAGCUAGAUAGAUGAUAUAAUCCACCAGACAGUCAACAUAGAACAUUUACAGAUUUUCUGGGGGUGUGCACCCUCAAAAAUAUCCCCCCCUCGGAAAGUUUUCCACUCCACCUUCCAAAACUUGCACCUGCCCCCAAAAAAUUUAAAUGCUCGGAUUAAAUGACAGUAGUAUUAUUGACAUAAGGAUUUUGAACUAAAAUUUCCUGGGGCUUUGAAUGCCCCCUUACCCCCAACUAUAUCGACUGUGCCUCCAGGCUACACUACUACAUAUAUUGAGAAUUAAAAUUAUUUUCUCACCCAGAUAAUUGGUGGUCGAAUAUUUCUCAAUAAAGAAAAUUCUUCAACAAAGAGCAGAGUAAAAAAUUAUUGACAUUUCAUGUGUUUGUUUGUUUAGGCUACAAGUUAUUCAAGUUCAUCCUGUUUCUAACUGGAUUCUUUGUUGGGUUUUUUUCAUGUUAUGUUAUAUCUUCUCUCUACUUGAGUGACAAAAUCCAUGGCGAGGCUGCAGAGCAUAAGGACCAGGUAUUACAUCGCCAUUUUAUCUUACUGCUUAAUUAACACAUUAUGCUGCAAUCCUCCCUUACUCUGUCUAACACCAGACAACCUAUUCAUCAAGUGGAGAGUCGUGUACAUGACUGGGUUAAUGAACGAGAAAUUUCUCAAUUAAAUUGGUCUGAUGUAAGCCUAUAGUAAAAUAAUGAAGAGUAAAAAAGAAAGGCAUUAGGGCACAUUGCAACAUAAUGUGUCCAUCUGGCAUAAAAUUAAUUUAAUUAAUAAUUACAUGACAUAAUUUUUAGAUCUAUCUUGCAAUGUCAUUUGGUGUGGGCAUCAUUGGAGGACUUUUGACAUUAUGUUUGUAUUAUGUUGGCAUGUUUGUCUUGGGUAAGCUGUGGAUAUAUGUACUAUAUUAACCAUGCAUGUCCCUUUUACCUCUGGGGUUUGAUUCUUACAAGUCUCAUGUGAGAAGAGUGGUCCCGUUUUCGCUCUACUGAACACCACAUUUUUUGAGUGCUUUAGUGGUUUCCUCCUGUAGUAACACUGGACCAAUAGGGAAUGGUCUUACUAGACCUCUAGGAGGAAUGGUUUAAAACUGAUAGAGCUAUCCAGUAUAAAUAAGGUUAGUUUAGUUACAUUUCCUCCUGUAGUACAUAGCACUACCCCUAAGGCUCCAGGGAGAACAGUUCAGGGCUGACAGAGCUAUCCAGUAUAAAACAAGUUAGGUUAAAGACUAUCCUCUGUUAUGUCCAGGUGCAACAAUGGGUUGGUUUGCUGGAAUGGCGCUCCUACCUUUCUUCAAAUCUGAAGCACAUUUUCUCGUCGACCACAUGUGGUUACCUUACUGUGUUUGUGCUGGCUGUGCUAUAUUAGGUGGACUGUUGAUGUUAUGUCUGCAAAGGGUUAGUAUAUAUAUUUUCUCACUCUGUUAACUGCAGGUUCACCACCCCCUAUGCAAAGUAAACCACUGCUGCUGAGAGUACAUUUUUACAUUUUAGAUAAUAAUUAUUUUAUCAACUGCAUUUCUGGGAGCUCUGUUAUUCAUCAAUGGUCUUGAUUACUACGUCGAAAAGGGAAGAAUUGUCACUUUUACUGUGAACAUUUUACAAGGUAAUUCUUCCCUCACACAAGGUAUUGAUAUAUGCGAACAAAUAGAGUUUGGCUGAUUUCAACUGCAAACAGAUAAUUCGUCCACGGACAUAAAAACGCACAAGUUGUAACAAACCUGCAGCAGACAGGAUGUGUUUAAUGUAAAACCAUUUGGCAUUAGACAGAUCAAAAUACUAAAGUAGGGCUUAAAGGGUUACAGCAAAGUAAAAUGUGUUGCAUGUUCUAUUUUCUAUAGGUAACCAUUUCUACCUACCAAACUGUUGGUACACAUGGUUGGUGUUAAGUCUGCUGCCAAUACUGUUUAUCAUCGGAGUUAUCGUACAACAAGUCAAGACCAGUAAGGGUGCAGAUCACAGACAUGGUAAGAAGUCACAGCAUUCUUAUUAUAAAAGAUUUUAGGCAUCUUACUCAACAUAAAUAAUUGCUGAAGGAUUUUGAAGACAUAAAAUUUUGAGUGGAAUUUUGUACAUUUUAUAUUAGACCUAACUAUAGGCCGGAGCAGUCAGUGCAAAAAAUGCCACUAUCGGCUCUCUGGCAGGUAUCAAACCUGUGGCCCUGCGAUUCCAGUGCAGUGCUCUAACAGAUUCCACUCGAAAAUUGCAUCUACAAAUCCCUUUGAGCUGCCUGGCUUGAAAAGAUUUCCAUCUAUCUCAUAUUUGUAACUUACAGUAUGUUUUUCGUUCAUUUUCUUUUUGAAGCGUCAGGUCGUGUGCUGGUUGUGGAUGAGAAUCAAAUGAUUGAAAUGCAACAUGACGAGGUUUGAUUAUUACUACAGAAUAUUAUAUAUCUACUUACAAUAUGCUCAAUACAAUAGUCUAUUGCUAUACAGAAUAUAGAAAUAUAUAACAAUCUUUUGCCAACAAAAAAUUGGUUUAUACUACAGUAUCAAAGCUUCUGUGAUCACAGUAGGAAUUCUGCAUAGGUAAAUUCUAAGUUUUGAAGGAUUUGUAGGAAAUGUUUGAGGAAACAAACUUAGUGUUAAACUAUGAGUCAGUUUCCUCAAACAUUUCUUACAAAUCCUCCAAAACUUGGAAUUUACCCAUGCAAAAUUCCUACUGUGAUCACAGAAACUUUGGUAUAUAAUAUAUGUACAGUUGGGGUAAGUUGAGACAUAUACUACAGUACUGGUGCCGGUUGUACGAAGGCCGGAUAAGUAAUUUUUUCAAGCUUGCUAAAAUAACUCGUUGAUUGGUAUAACCCCGAUAAAAUUUUAGUAUUUAUGAAUUGAAGUUCCUAUUAUUAAGUCUAUAAUUUUAUAGAUUUCGAAGCAUUUUUACAACAAUUGAAAAAUCACUAUCCGGUGGAUAGUGUUGACCUUUGUACAACCAGCCCUUGGCAAUAAUUUGAAACAUGCACUACAGUUGAGGCAAUGACCAGGGCGACUGAGAAGUUGCCAGGAGCCCAGGGCAAAAUGACCACAAUAUAUACAUAAUUCUAUAUUUUCUCAUUUUAGGCUGCAACACCAUUGCUGAAUGCAGAAUACACUUAAGACUGAUCAGGACAGAUUGUAGUUUUAAAUUGACAUUUGUAUCUCUGAUCCUUGUUCUAUUUUAUUGUGUGAUAGUGUAUGCAAUUGCACCUAUUUUUUUCUAUUGCUUACUUUCCCAAACGGAGAGAGCCUGGGUACGAGUCCCUCAAUAAAAAUUCUUAGAACCACCGAGUAUUUUAACAAAAUACAGAGAACAAGUGUAUCUUUGGAGUCCCUAAAUAUUGUGAUAAUCAAUACAACACACAUACAGUAACAGAGCACAUUGACUUUUACACAAUCUCAAAGUUUGAUGUACUUAAUCUGGUCAAUAUUGAUCAAGAUACAGCCAUUCAAAACAGACAUGUCCUGGAAUGGCUGUAUGUUGAUCAGUAUUGACCCGAAUAACAUGAAACUUUGAGAAUUUGUAAAGGUCAAUGUGCUCUUUCUUAUUUUGUGGGUGUUGUAUUGAUUGUCACAGUAUCGAGGGACUCCUACCCAGGCUCUCUCGGUUUGAAAGUAGGCAAUACACUUUUAUAGUUUUGACUGUAUGAAUCAAUUCGGAUUCCAUACUUGUGGCUUACAACAGCUUCAGACAGUUUCUUGAAAUAAAGUUGAUAGAAAUAAUCGGUUUCGAUAAAGAAAAACAGCCCAUAACUAAUUCGUAGUUUAACUACUGUAAAUCCUGAUUAAGUACAAUACAUACAAUUCACACUGGACUAGUUAUAAACUGUUCAAUUUCGUUUUUUUACUUUUUACUCGAUGUAAUCUCUCUGUAUCGUAUAAAUUAUUACAUUUUAUAUCAAAAUUCGUCUAGAGUAGAUUUGUCUUCCGUAACAGGACUUACAUCUGGGGCUUGCGACUCUUCGCUAUUCGAAUUAUAUAAAUAAUUUUCACUAUUGAGGUCUUUUUGAAUUACACUAUCAUGGAUACUAGCUUGAUUUUGCUCUUCAAUGCUAGUCCUAUCGUCGAGAUUCUCUGUUAACUUUUCACUAUCCCUUUGUUCGUUAAUAUCCUGAAUAUUUCUAACUUCGGAUUUCUUGUCUGUCUUCAUAGAGACGCUUUCGCUUUGCUUCAACAUUUUAUCCUCUCUGCUAAUGCUUUCCUGUUUAUCAGUUUCAACAUACAAGUCCUGGCUUGUGUCGUUGCCAAAUACAUCUUGGCCUGGUUCUUCAUUUCGACCACUAUCGACAUUUUGUUUCGAGUCUUCUUUCGCCCCAUCAUUGGUGAUUGUUUCAAACGUCCUUUCAGCAUCCUGUUCAGCACCUUCGCCUAUGCUUUCACUACCUUCACCUUCUUGAGACUUAUCAUCGGGGUUACCAGUUUCAGAUAACAAAACAUGACCAUCAUUUUCAUUGGUAUCUUCAAACGAAUUUAGAUCCGCUGUUGUAUCAUGCUCGCCAGGAUCUCUGAUAUCGCCAGUAGCUUGGGUAUCAUCUUUACUACCACUAUACUUAUAUACAAUUUUACCUACAUCAUUACCAUUGAUCAGAAUAUCACCACCGUCAACGCGAGGAUUACCAGUCAUACAAUCCGAAAAAUAUACAAUCUUACCUACAUCAUUACCAUUCAUUAGACUAUCCCCACUAAUGGUAUUUUUGGUAUCAUCAUCAUAUUUCUGAGUUCCCUGUUCGUGAGAAGUUUCCCCUUGGUCUGGAGUUAAAUCACCAUACAUACUGUCUGUAAUAUACACAUCUUUAUCUACUGCAUCCUUUUCAUUCAUCGAGCUAUCAGAACUAGCGACAGUUUCUGCAUUCUUGUCUACUUCAUCUUGAUUUAUCUCACCAUGUUCUUGAGCGGUUUCCCCUUGGUCUAUGCUUGUAUCACAAUGCCUAGUAUCUCUGUUUAAUGCAUCGUUAACAUCCAUAGAGCCAUCAGAACUAACCAUUUUUUCUCUAGACACAGCAGCCUUGUCUACUUCAUCUUGAUUUAUCUCACCAUGUUCUUGAGCGGUUUCCCCUUGAUCUACGCUUGUAUCACAAUGCCUAGUAUCUCUGUUUAAUGCAUCGUUAACAUCCAUAGAGUCAUCAGAACUAACCAUUUUUUCUCCAGACACAGCAGCCUUGUCUACUUCAUGUUGACUUCUCUCAGACUCGCUGUGUUCUCCACUCUGUUCAUGGGAAUUUUCCCCUACAGUUUGCCGUAGUGUAUUUACAUCAUAAACUGUAUCCUCACCAGACAAUUUUCUAUCGCCUACAUUUCCCACAACAAAAAUCUCACUAUCCCUUGUAUUGGCAGGCUGAACAACAGUAUUAAGAAAUGCCUCGCUUGUUUUGCGCGCCUCGCUGCCUUCUUUGACAGACCAACACUCCUCUCCUUGAGAACUACUCACCUUUCGCGCUUUAAUACUAAAAACACCAUCCUGAAAUUUCCCUACCACCUCGUCCACACUUCCACUUUUCGACUCACCAUUUUCACCCAGUUGUUCCUUCUCCUGCCAGUUUUCCAUCAUGACGUCAUAGAGCCAACGUUCACGUUUGUCAGCGGAAUUAAUCUCCCCCAUCAUAACCGAUGCCUUAGUGUUCGCUUGCGUGUUUCGCGUUAAGAAUUCAAAUCCUGGUUGUUUCACGACAUUUUUCAUCAGGUGAAUAAGUUUGUUUACUUCGUUUUCAACCUUGUCCAGUUUCCGAGAUUCCACUGGCUGAGAAAUUGGUUCAUGUAAAUUAUUCUCCUGUUGUAAUUCAGGCAUUUGUUCAGCAGUUGCUUUUUCUUUCCCAGCGGUUUGAGUUGCGUCUGUGGAGGGCAGCGCUCCCUUUGUAUUUGCGUCU